GUUCGGGCGUGUCAAAUCUUCUGGGCAGAACGAAAGGCCAAGUUCAAGAGCAAAGGAGCAAUCUCGACAGGAAUGUUGAGCAGCUCACUAAUCUCGCGGAUAGGCUAAUCCAGAGCUAACUCAUAUUCUGGGCUCAGCCCUGAGAGCAAUCUAGGUCAACUGAUCAAACCAUCGCACCAAUCCGCAUUCAGUUCCUCCGUGCUUGACGCUCGCUUUCUCAAGAAGUUCGACCGCUACACAAACCUAGGGACAAGAUCCGAACUCCAAGUGUCUGACAGAUUUCACAAAUCCGUACUGCCAUGUCCGCAGGACGCGAGUCGAAGGUAGCAGACGGGUCUCAAUCAAACGACCGGAGUAGGAUUGUACGUGGAAGGCUGAAAGCUAGGCAUUGAACUUUCUGAUCCAGACCGAACUUUUGGGCACCAAAUCCUGAGCUGGGAAUCAGUUCCUGAGCACCAACAGGAUCCGUGCGUGCCUGUGAAAGAAAUAUUAGAAAAUUCAGGAUAGGUUUGCCAGAGGACCUUGUGCUGUUUGACUUGGGUACCUCGUUGAGCGGGAAGCAGUGCCAAGUUGCCGACGUGACGGCAGGGUGCAGGUCAACGACUGACUGGGUCUUGGCUCUCGACCACCACCACCACGGAGGACGAGGAGGAGGAGGAUAUCGUCAGGAGCUCGAGAAGGAAGUCACUGCUGCGUGAAAAGCCUUUCGGUUCCUGAAAUUUGGGAAACCAGCGAGAGGUUCCUCCGACGGAAGGAAGCCGUAACACAAGAGUCGGAUGUGGAUCUACGGCGAGGCACAGUGGUCGGCACAGUGUGGCACGGAUGUGACCCUCCUUUCGUAAUGGAAUCUCAGUUUCUGCAUCCCACAGCGCGAAAGAAACACAGAGGCAGAGGCAGAGGAAGAGGGCACUCGUCUCGUGCGUCUCGUUCGUCGCUGGAAUCUGACGGGACUGCUAGGAUUGCAUAGCCGCCGUGAUUGUGAUCGGAGGACCUCAUGAGAGAUCUGGAGGCUGCCUCGGAUUAGCAAGGUCGGAUUUGUUGGUCGCCAUGGGAAGAUUGCUGCUGAUUGCGUACCUCGCGCAGCUGCUGCUGCUGGUGCUGACGACGGCGGAGGCGAAUGGGCGCCAUCUCUAUAGUGAGAGGGACAGCGACCCUGAAGAAAAAGAGGUUCAUUUGUAUACCGAGGCUGCCAUUGCCAGAUUGAAAAAUUUGACACCCAAUACACCAGAAUCUAAAGAAGAUCUACACAAAGGCUAUCGAAGUAAUGAACAACUCUUCAGUGCCGUGGAAGAAUUCUCUACGAGGUGUAGCAAUAUUUCCAGACUUUACAGCAUCGGAGAAAGCGUUAAAGGCGUACCCCUGUUGGUGCUGGAGAUAUCUGACAAACCUGGCGAGCUUGAACCAGAACCUGCGUUCAAGUAUGUUGGGAACAUGCACGGUGAUGAACCCUCAGGACGUGAGCUUCUUCUCCUUCUAGCAGAAUGGCUCUGCUCUAACUAUCUCAAGGAUCCUCUGGCAACCCAGAUUGUGAAAGGGGUUCACUUACACCUUCUUCUGGCAAUGAAUCCUGAUGGAUUCGAACUAAGGGAACGCAACAACGCAAACGAUGUUGAUCUGAAUCGCGACUUUCCAGACCAGUUUUUUCCGGAUAACAACAAUGAAUCAGCAAGACAACCGGAGACACGAGCCGUCAUGGAUUGGAUAAGAAAGAACAGAUUUACGGCUUCUGCAAGUCUACAUGAGGGAGCAUUAGUCGCGAGCUAUGGUUGGGAUGGUACUGCAAGUGGAAGGACAGGCUAUGCAAAAGCUCCUGAUGAUGGCGCUUUUGCUUACAUGGCAUCUCUUUAUGCUCGGUACAAUCCCGCAAUGAGAAAAAAUGGUGAAUUCAGUGAUGGUGUGACCAAUGGAGCAGCUUGGUAUCCUCUUUACGGAGGUAUGCAGGACUGGAAUUAUAUUCAUGGCAAUUGUUUUGAAAUCACUCUCGAGAUGAAUGAUGAGAAGUGGCCUCACUUCAGCAAGAUACCUGCCAUGUGGGAUCAGCACAAGAGAAGCAUGUUGAUGCUCGUUGCAAGUCUUGUGAAGUCAGGUGUGCAUGGAAGGGUUAAAUCUGCAAAAGAUGCAAGGUCUAUUCCAGCCGUGAUAAGCGUGACGGGCAAUAACCACGAUAUCAUAGCUAGUUCACAGUUUGGUGACUUUCAUAGAAUUCUUCCUCCUGGACGAACAUAUGCAGUGACCGCAAGCUCGCCUGGAUAUGUCAGCCGCACGAGGACUAUAGCUCUCCCGAAUGACAAAGCAGUCACUGUGGAGUUCCUCCUCGAUCCUGUAACUACAAGUGACACAGCUCUAGGAGAGCAUCCUCUUCUGCGGGGAUCAACUCGGACCAGGCAAAAAGACCAAAGUUUUGAAGAGGUCGCGAGCAAGGAAACAUCUGAUCAGACUUUUUCUCGAAGCAAAAUGUACAAUGAACCAGAUAAAAUGUCGGACUCAAUGUCGAUGGAAGAGGCUGAUUUAGUUUCGGGCUCCAACCUCGACCACUUAAGAUUGUGGGUUAUCAGCAGUUUUGGAGCGACCGUAGUCGUAUUAGCAGCUCUUAUGUAUGUUCUGAUCAGAUGGAGAGGCUCAUUUAGAUCACAUGUAUUACGCCCUGCAACGAGAAGAAUUUGAUGCUGUGAGAUUGGUCUCAGUUUGGCAGAUUGACCCUAAACGUACAGAUUUUGGCUAAAUGGAAGCUUUCAGAAUCAGCAGGGCUUUUCCGAGAGAAUGCUGAAAUACGAUAUCAUUCAUCGAUGAUCAAGCGUCCGAAGCACACAUGCCCUGCCCUGCCAUGCCCUGCGAUGCACUGUUCUGAGCUGUCGGUUUGCGGACACAAUUUUGCUACGACCUCCCAUGAAAAGUGGUCUUGAAAUCUGGAAACCCGCAGUAGAUGACACUGACAAGCAUUCUGGAAGUUUACGGAGUGUCCGCUGUAAUCUGCCCAUAGCAAUUUCUGUACUAUCAGACAAUACAUUCGGACAGACUAAUCAAUGAAAAGUACGUGAAAGUCUUC